GGGAAAAUGUCCUCUAUUAUGUAGUGCCCCGGGAAGGAGCAACACGCGGAACGUUACCCUUCUGCAAUAAUAAACCAACGACAACGUCAUCUUUAACGAAACCGCCGACGAAUACUAGCGAUCCCUGGAAAGGGGGCCACUCCCGGCAAUCUUUACCUUCCGGCAGGGCACUCCCCAGCGGAGGGGCCCGUACCGCGCGCACCGUUUACAGUCCCUGCCGAUCGGUUUGUCCGGAGCUGUGCAACAGCAUGACGAUUCAUCGAGCAGCCUGGCUGUUGCUAUGCCACCGGAGUCAGUCGCACCUAGCCUCGGUGGGAAAAUUUUCGCUCCGAAGUGUACCAAAGUACCGCUGCUGGUGGAAGGACAGUACCACCGCUUUACGUAAGGAGGCUGCUAGCUAUGAUGGCCAAAGAUGUUUCACACUGUCACGCGUGGCUGAGUCGAAGAAAGACGACGUGGCGCCGGUACCAACGCCGGAAGAACAGCAACAGACGACGCUUGAAAUUGCGACGAAAAAUGGCAAAUUGUUGGUAAAAACAACGCUGGCCGAUUCGAAGCUGCAGGAGAUCGUAAUCGAGAAACCCGCCGCGGAUGCCCCAGUGCCAGGAGGCGAAAGUGCGACGGCACAAGUAGCCGAAGCGGAUCUCAAGGAACAGUUGGCGGAAAAGAAUCGCCAGCUGGCGAAGAAACGUAUACGGGUGGACUUUUCCCGUUCGUCGCUGGAGCGAAACUUCAUCACUCCUGUGCGAGCCAUGUCCGACUUCCUCCUGAAGCCGUCCGAUCUUGAGACCCUGCCGAAGACAAAGCGCAGAUCCCCCUACGAACAGGAACCGGCCAUUACGGUGUACUGGCGGAAGGAUGUCGAAGCGAAGGCGAUCGAUGUGUGGGGCACACGAGAGAACCUGCUGAAGGAGUGCUUGAAGCGGGAGAUCGAGAAGAAAAUGCACCAGCAAAGUACGUUCAGGACCAGAAUCAAGCCGACACGAAAUGAACGUGUACUUCUUUUCUUUCCAGACAUAUUUACCGUCAAACGCCGGCUGAGGGACUACCGGCGAGAGAUUGGUAGCCGUACGAACGUUGUCGAUUCCGAGCCGGGACUAUUUGGAAAGUCCGGAAAAGUCGUUCUCAUCGCCAUUGCGAUCAAUGCCACAAACUGUGUGUUCAAGUUCGGUGCUUGGCUAUACACCGGCUCGCACAGUAUGUUCGCGGAGACGAUCCAUUCACUUGCCGAUACGAUUAAUCAGCUGAUUCUGGCCUACGGAAUCCACAAAUCGACGCAAAUCGCCGACUCCGAUCACCCGUACGGAUACAGUAACAUGAAGUACGUUUCGUCGUUGAUCUCCGGUGUGGGUAUCUUUUGCGUCGGCACCGGUCUGUCGUUCUAUCACGGAAUCAUGGGACUGGUGGAUCCUCAUCCGAUCGACGACUUUUUCUGGGCGUUCUUCAUUCUCGGGGGAUCGUUAGUUUCCGAGGGUGCCACACUGCUGGUGGCCAUCAACAGUUGCCGCAGUGGAGCAAAGGCCCUGGGAAUGAGCUUCCGGGAUUACGUUGUGCGCAGCCAAGAUCCGUGCGUGAACGUGGUACUUACGGAGGAUGCUGCCGCAGUAUUGAGUGUGGUGCUUGCCGCGACCUGCAUGGGACUGUCCACCUGCACUGGGUCGCCCAUUCCGGACGCCGUGGGCUCACUGCUGGUCGGUUGCAUGCUCGGAGGUGUGGCUUCGUUCAUCAUCUACACAAACGUAGCGGCGUUGGUGGGCCGCUCGAUUCGGCAGGAGAAUCUCGACAAAAUUAACGCCGAACUGGAGGCCGACAUUAUGAUUCGGGCGAUCCAUGACGUGAAGGGUAUCGAUAUGGGCAAUUCGUUGGUCAGAUACAAGGCUGAAAUGGAUUUCGAUGGCCGCGAGUUAACUCGUGUGUACCUGGAUAAGCAGGAUUUAAACACGCUGCUGGAGGAAGUGCGGACGUUCCAAACGAUCGACGAGCUCGAAGCGUUCCUGCUGAAGCACGGCGAAAACAUUGUCGAUCUUAUGGGAGGUGAAAUCGAUAGGAUCGAAAUGAAACUGAGAAAGAAAUUCCCAGAAAUAAGACACUGUGAUUUGGAGAUACUGUAAGCCUGAAAUGUGAUUUGCUACUUCUUUCGUUUUAUUUUUUGUUUGUUUCUACCUUCUGCGAUUACGGCUUUCCUCUUCGACUACAAAGAGAGCAAAAUAAAGUGGUAUUGCUUGCGCUGGCAACAAUAAAGGUUUUGUGCCGACAGUUUGUGCCGGUUGUUCGUUUUAGACAAUAUUGUGCAGAACAUUUAGAGCAAAUAAAUGCAAACUAACAACAAACGGAAAUCACAAUCCAACGAUUUAAGUGCCCGUUUGUUCAAUGAAUGUCGUUUAAGCACUGUUUAACUUAUGCGUUGUCUGGUAUUUACGUUGUUUAGAAUAGAUUUGUUUGUGCUUAAUAGACUAACUACCUCGGUAUUGAUUUAUGCAUAUGGUUUACUUGGAAGAUAAUUGUUCAAUUUAUAUUUAUGCAACGUAGUU